GUCUCUGCAUGUGCCACGUUGUCAAACAGAAAGCACAGUUAUUGAAUCAAACCCACAUUUGUUUCCUUUUUGAAGAAAAGCAGAAGGGGACAUCUGAUCUGAGCUAUGUCUGGACUGAAUGCAUCUCUCGGAUACUUUGUGGCUGUUGUGGUUUUUGCAGCCUCAGUUCGAACACUUCUUAAAAAAUGGCCACGGUUUGGCUUCAUCAUGGAGUUUGCCUCCUCUUUCAUGCUGGUGGCAUGUUGGCUGGAGGUGCAGACCAUUGUAGAGGUGGGUGAGUGGGCUGGUGGCUUGGGCCCUGAUGUGACUGUGACCAUGCUGUUUGUGGUGCUGCUGACCCACGGUGUUAUCUGUGGCAGUGCAUCAGGGAAUCCCAACCUGGCUGUGCUGAGGUUCCUGCAGUUGGAGGCCACCACCCUGCCCACUCUGCUUGCUGUCGUAGCCCAGUUUCUCGGGGCCCAUCUAGCCCUUCUCGUUGCUGUAUACUACUGGAGUCUGGAGCUGACAGACAUGCACAUGAUCAAAAAUCUGAUGGCUAGAGAGUGUAGCACAUCUCUGCUGGUCUCUUUGCUUCAGGGUUUUUUCACAGAGUGUGUUUGUGCACUCAUCUUUCACCUGGUCCAUCUAAACCUGAAACGGAGGUCUGCUCUGAUCCGGGUUCCUCUGAUCGCUGUGCUCCUCACAUUCCUGUCCCAUACGGCCAGAGGCUACACCUCAGCUUACAUGAAUCCAUCUUUGGCGUACGGCCUCACCUUCCACUGUCCUGGAUUUACCGUCACAGAGUAUGCAGUGGUCUACUGGCUGGGCCCUUUUACGGGUAUGACUCUGGCUCUUCUCUUGUACAUGGGCCAUAUUCCCAGGAUUUUUGCCAAGAACCUGCUGUAUUUCCAGAAGACACGUUUCAGAGUGCCAAAAGGAGACAAAGGAGAAAAGAAGAAAAUGUGAAAAAAAUUACAAUCAGCCCUUUAAGCAAUGUACUCUACCACAAAUGGUCAAGAGUUGUUUACUUCAACUUAACAAGCUUGUGCAGACAAUGCAAAAUAUUUUGGACAAAAAAUAAUAACCAAAAAUAAUGAACUUUUUCCAUUUUUUCUGCUGUUUUCAAUAAAAUCUAAAUCGAGUAUGAAUGAAUAUGAUAUGCCAUCUGGUGGUAUCAAUAAGAAUAGCAGCAUAACUGAUGGCAAUACAAGCUUUAGGUGAAUUGAAAAAAAAAUCUCACAGAGGCCAAAAAUUUCCUAAAUCAACAAAAUGAAAUUGCUGAAAUACAGACGUGAAGAGUUGGUAUUUACAUAAUAUCCAGCUACUUCCUCCGAUUCGGCAUAAAUGUAACAUAACACAGCAGCACAUACUUACACCAAUCUUACAUACUUACACCAUACAAAAAAGAAAUAUCAGGCAUCAAUAUUUCACAGUCAAAAGAAGAACAGCUGCUAUGUUCUGACAGUCCUCUGGGCAGUGCUGGUUUCAGAAGAUUUUGAUCCAUCAGGUUUUUUGUCUUUUGGUUGAUUUUUAGCAGGAUGGCCUGGAUCUGUGGACAAGAAGGAAUAAAUGAUAGCCUCAGUGGGAGUUGAAAAAUGGGAAUUAGCUUGUUUAGUCAAUUUUAACAGUCUUGUAACUAUUUUAAUCUCCCCAACAUUAAACUUAGAUUUGAAAAGGUACAAA